GCCAAACACUGGGCAACAGGAUAUCUACUUCCUUCUCUUAUAUGACGACAAAUCUUAUAAGAGAUUUGUCUGAAGUUUCUUAUGUAUGCACCACUGCUGAUUGUUGGAGUGGUCAUCGAAGGGCUUUUAUUGGACUUACUGCACAUUGGCUGGAUCCUUUAACCCUCAAGAGAAGGUCAGCCGCUUUGGCACUGAGGAGGAUAAUUGGGAGGCAAACAUAUGAUGUUUUGGCCAACGAAAUCAUGGGUAUCCACAAGUUCUAUAAAAUUCAUAAUAAGGUGGUGAAGAUGGUGACUGACAAUGGAACCAACUUUGUCAAGACAUUUAAAGUUUUUGGAGAAAAUGAAGAAGGUAUGAGGAUAUGGAAUUGAUAAAUUUG